CACUUCUCACUUCUCCAAGAAGCGAUUUUGGGGGAUUUGAUUGCGAGAUCUCGCGUCAAGAACCAAGCUUUCAGCUCCAUACCAAUGGGUUCCUGCGAGGACGUGGAGUACGGCGACAUCUACUCCGUCGCCAACCCAGCCGCGGCCCCCGCGCGCAUGCUCGACUUCUCGCUCCACCAGCCGCACCUCCAGUUCCCCCCUUCCUACGGCUUCCACGGCCUCCCCGCCGCCGGCUACCUGCCGUCGCCGCCGCAGCCGCUCGCGUUCGGCAGCACGCCGAGCCCCGCCUCCACCACCACCACCGAGCUCGAGAGCCCCGAGGACCUGUCGGCCGACGACGCCGUGCUCGCCUACAUCAACCAGUUCCUUCUCGAAGACGACGAUGAGGAGGAGUCUUUCCCCAGCCCCGGCGCCGCCGCCCCCGCCGCGGCGCCGGAGCGGGAUUCGGCGCUCCUCGCCGUCGCCAAGCCCUUCGUCGACAUCAUCGCCGAUGCGGCGCCGUACCAGGAGACUCCGUGGAUGGAUCCUCCUCCCAAUGCUUCUGCAGGAACUGCAGCAGGCUUCCCUAAUAAUAUGUUCAUGAGCAGCAGCAGCAGACAGAGCUCUUGUCAGUUGGUGGUGCCUGCCGAACCUGUAAAGGAGGAGGGACGGUGUGCCGUCCACAGAGGCCGGAAGAAGAACCGGCACGACGACGACGACGGCCUCGAGCUCGAGGACGAGAGGAGGAGCAAGCAGUCGGCGGUGUGCGAUGAGGAGAUGAUCCGCGAGAUGUUCGACAACGUGCUUCUCUGCAAUUGCCCCGACUGCGAGCUUCAGUCACCCCUGCCAGACGAAUCAGAGAUCACCAAAGCAUAUGUGAAAGGGUCGGGCAACCGAAGAGGGCGCAAGAAGGGGAAAACCAAAGCUGCAGCGGCCAUAGAGGAGGAGUCCGUGGAUCUGACAACGCUGCUCAUUCACUGUGCUCAGGCCGCGGCCAUCGACGAUCACCGCAGCUCGGGCGAGCUGCUCAAACAGAUCAGGCGGCACUCGUCUGCUCAUGGGGAUGCCGGGCAGAGGCUGGCGCAUUACGUUGCUAACGGGCUCGAGGCUCGCCUUGCCGGCGUCGGUAGCACCGUCCACCGCUCGCUUGUUGCGCACCGGACUUCCAUUGCUGACAUGCUCAAAAUAUACACAUUGUAUGGGACAGCAUGCCCCUUUUUGAGAAUGUCCAGGUUCUUCUCAAAUCAGGCCAUCUUGCAGGCUUCCAAGGGGGCGGCAAGGUUGCAUAUCAUCGACUACGGUAUAGAUCAUGGCUUCCAGUGGCCAGUCUUCUUGCAGCGGGUCGCCAAGCUAGAUGGUCCUCACCCAAGAAUCCGAAUCACCGCCAUUGACUUACCGCAGCCAGGAUUCCGGCCAGCUGAGCGCAUAGAGGCGACGGGUCGGCGGUUACAUGACUACGCCAGGAUGUAUAAUAUUCCGUUUGAGUAUCAUGCCAUUGCUGCCAAGUGGGAUACCAUCCGAAUCGAAGACCUCAGGAUCGACAAGGAUGAGCUUCUCAUUGUCAACUGCCUUUUCAGAAUGCGGCACAUGAUGGACGAGACGGUGACAGAUCAGAGCCCGAGAAUGACGGUCUUGAACACCAUCAGGAAGUUGAACCCGCAUCUGUUCAUUCAUGCGGUCGUCAAUGGCACCUACAAUGCGCCAUUCUUCGUGACACGCUUCAAGGAGGCUCUGUUUUAUUUCUCUUCGCUCUUCGACAUGCUCGAAACAACUGCGUCGAAGCUGGAGGAGCAAGAACAUAGGAUGCUGAUUGAAAGGGAUUUCUUCGCACGGGAAGCUCUCAACGUGAUCGCUUGUGAGGGUACAGAGAGGGUGGAGAGGCCAGAGACUUAUAAGCAAUGGCAGGUAAGGAACCUCAGGGCUGGAUUCAGGCAGCAGCCGCUGAAUCAAGAGACGGUGAAAAAAGCAAGAUACAAGGUAACUAGGAGCUAUAACAAGGAUUUCUUUGUCGAUGAAGAUAACAAGUGGAUGCUGCAAGGUUGGAAGGGCAGAGUCAUCGUUGCCAUGUCCACAUGGAAACCUAGCUAGAACGGUAGACAUCACUAGCCCUGUUGCCCGAUUCAUUUCAUCACCCUUUGCUGUUCUGCUGUAUCUGAUAUUCUGAUGCUAAUGUUGAUGAGUUUUGGCCCUUUUCUGGGAGCAAAAUUAAUUGAUAUUUUUGCUGAAACUUCACUGGAACAUAAGCUUCUUGCAUGUGAUCUGUAGCACUGUACCAA